AUGGAGUUUGCACUAACUGCCGGGACUGUUGGAGACUUCAUUUCAAUUGCUGCUCUGAUUAAAGACAUCAUCGCCGCCCUUGACGACUCGCGUGGAUCCGCCAAACAAUACAGACAACUAGUUCAGCAACUCAACACUCUCGACCAGACACUGGACACAGUGCAGCAGACGCUCAAGGAUCCUCGCGUGACACAUUCCUUGGAAUUUUCAUCAGGGAUCGUGCUCGACACAGUGGCCAACAUCAAGAAGUGCCUAGUAGACUUCCUGGGCCAGAUUGGCAAGUAUGAGCCAGCCUUGGGUACCAGUGCUCCCGUAAAUAAGGCUUCAUUGACUGGCGCCUGGCUGAAGAUCCAGCGGAAAGCAAAUGGCAAUUUCAGAAAAGUCCAGUGGAAGUUGAAUGAAAAGGAUAUCGACAAAUUCCGCGCUGAGGUAAUUGGAUAUACUAUGGCGCUCGAAAUAGCUUUGGGAGUGAUCACACUGUGA